UCAUAAGUUCCAAACUUCACUAUGCAUACUAAUGUAUAAAAAAAAGUAAAUUUUUUUUCGAUCACGGCGAACUUGUGUUGGCGUGUAUAAAUUAUUAUUUAUUACCAUUCAAAUAAUAUUUAUAUUUAUGAAUCUAUAAACUGAUAACAAUAUCAAAAAGGACAAUGACAAUUUAUAUGAGGAAAUAGUAGAGUAAUUGGUAAUAACAAACGACGCAAUGUCUGACGACAGUUCAACGUUGUCAAAUGAUUUGGAGAGUAGAGAUAAUCGAGGACGUGCACUACGAACUGAAACUGCCAAUACAGCUGCUGGGUCACGUUCUAAUAGAUACCGUCUUCCUAGACUAGAAACAUUGAGAAGGCUCAGCAAUAGCUUUAGAUCCGAUCCAUUGAGUAGUGAAUCUACAAAUGCAAUGUUUGAAGAACCUUCAGAUACUCAUGCAGCAUCGAUGUCUUCAGAAGACGAGCCGACAUUCAAUUUAACAUCGAACAUAACAGACCGCGAGUCUUCUGGUGAUGUUACUGACGGCGCUUCAUCACCUAAUCAAACAUCUGCUAGUGCGCCUACAUUAAGUUCUGACGAAGACAAAAGGUAUUGCUGGGUAUGUUUCGCAACAGAUGAGGAUGACGCAACAGCUUUGUGGGUAAAGCCGUGUCAUUGUCGAGGUACUACUAAGUGGGUACAUCAAGGAUGUAUACAGAGAUGGGUUGAUGAGAAACAGAAAGGUAGAGCUGGAGCUUACGUUGCUUGUCCACAAUGUAAUACAGAAUAUAUUAUCGUCUAUCCUAAUAUGGGUCCUCUAGUUGUUGUGCUUGAUACAAUUGAUGGUGUAAUUUGCCGAGUCUGUCCAUUUAUUGCUGCUGGUAUAGUAGUCGGUUCUAUUUAUUGGACUGCUGUUACAUAUGGAGCUGUUACAGUAAUGCAGGUGGUGGGCUGCAAAGACGGCCUAACUAUGAUGGAACAGACUGAUCCUUUAGUAAUGUUAGUUGGACUACCUACGAUUCCGAUUAUGCUUGUGCUUGGUAAAAUGUUGAGAUGGGAAGAUCAAGCAUUGAGCUUACUUAGACGACAUGCUUGCAAGGUUCCUGUUCUUAGACAUUUUUUACCACGAAGUUACUCAGAUGAUGAAAGAACUCAAUCCCAAGAUGUACCGGCAAUGAGUGAUCCUGUUUGUGCAACAAGAAUUCUCUGUGGUGCACUUUUACUUCCAACGAUUGCUAGUAUUUGUGGUAACAUAUUUUUCGAAAGUAUAAAUUCAAAUUUUCAACGGACUAUACUCGGUGGAAUAGCAUUUAUUACGAUAAAAGGAGCAUUUAAAAUAUAUCACAAGCAGCAACAAUAUGUAAGACAGUGUCAAAGACGUAUAAUGGAUUACACGGAAAGCAACGUUACUAUGUACAGACGACAACAGAAUACUGAAAAUGGUCAGACGUAAAUAAACUAUCUUAAAUAUAUAUUAAAUAAUAAUUAUAAUAAUAAAUAAAUAAAUAAAAAUAAAAUUCCUGUUAAAUGGAAUUAUAUAUGUAUUUAAUUAUCAAUCAAUCAUACAAUCUCCGAUGUAAGAUUUGCUGUAUUGGUUUUAAUUUAAAAGUAUCAAAUAAAGCUAGACAUGACGAAGAUUCUGUCCAUGGACUUAUGGAAAUUAAAACGUUUCGAUUGUAGAAAAAAAGCUGGGAAUUUAAAUUUAAAAAUAAACUUUAACUGUAAAUAUACAUAUAACUAUCACUAUAAUUACAGGUUUUAGAUUUAAAAAAAAAUUUUUAAAACAUCACAAUAGUUAAUUAUAUUACAGUUGUAGUUAUCUCUGUACUGGUAGAAUAAAUUCUAUCUCUAUUUGAUAAUUUCUAAAUAUCAAUAAUAUAUAAAUAGUUGACAUUUUUUUUUGCAUCGUUUGUUGAUUCUUUUUAAGGCCACUCUCAGACUGUCCCCAUUUUUAAAAAUAUUCAAUGACUCGAUUGUAAUGAGUAUUAAAAUUUUGAUAAUUAAUUAAAAAAAAGUUUAAGUAUUAAUUGAAAAAAGGGCGACGCAGUUACAAUUUCGCCUACGGAUUAAAAAAAAAAUAUUUACUACUGAUAUCAAUAAGGAGUUGAAUGAAAUUUGGAAAAUAAAUUUCAGUAAAAUUUUGAUGUCAAAUUUUGUAGGCUUAAAUUUAUUUGCUACAUUUCGUUUAACUCUUAAUUGAUAACAGUGAGUAAUUUUUUUAAAAAUCUAUAUCGGCAAAAUUGUAACUGCGUUGUCCUUUUUUUAAUUUAUGUUUUAAUUUUUUUGAAAUUAAUUAAUGAAAUUUCAAUACUACAACAGUGCAAGUCAUUGAAUAUUUUUUAAAGUUGGGGGCUGUGAGAAUCCCCUUAAUUUAAAUUCACAACAAUUAUUUAUAUUCAUACAAUACUCUUAUCAAAUGGGAUAAAUUUUAAUUUAAAUAAUUUGUUAAUUAUAAUCAAUUAAUGAAUAAAUAAAAAAAAAUAGUUUGAACUAAAAAUGAGCUAAUAAUUUAAAUAAAAGGUGCUCGGGAUUGCUGAUAUAUAAUUAAUUAAUUAUAUUUGUAAUUUCAAUUUCUUUAUUAAUAAAAUCAUUUAUUUUAUCAUCACAUGACAAGCUAAUAAUUAAUUUAUUUAUCUACUGACUUAUUAAUUAUUAUUU